AUGUCGUACGAACUGAGACACGUUUUUGCCAGUCUCCCACAGAUGGAAAGGGGAGUUACCAAAGUAAUUAGUGGUGAUCCCAAAGGCAACAACUUCCUCUAUACCAACGGGAAAUGUGUCAUCAUCCGGAACAUUCAUAACCCAUCCAUAGCAGACAUAUACACCGAACAUACCCACACAGUUACGGUUGCUAAGUACGCACCCAGUGGAUUCUACAUCGCUUCUGGAGAUGCAUCAGGAAAGCUCCGUAUCUGGGACACUACGCAGAAGGAGCAUCUACUCAAGUAUGAGUAUACCCCAAUAUCUGGCAAGGUCAAGGACAUCGCAUGGACAGAGGACAGCAAAAGAAUUGCUGUUGUUGGGGACGGACGAGAGAAGUUUGGGUCUGUGUUCCUGUGGGACACUGGUUCUUCAGUAGGAAGUGUUUCUGGCCACUCCAAAUUAAUUAACAGCGUAGACAUUCGCCAUAAACGUCCAUACCGAAUGGUCACUGGUGGUGAUGACUGCACUGGUUGUUUCUCUGAAGGGCCUCCCUUUAAGUUCAAGUUCACGAUUCGUAAUCACAACCGGUUUGUCAACUAUGUUCGUUUCUCUCCUGAUGGAAGUCAUUUUGCCACAGCUGGUGCUGAUGGCAAGAUUUUUAUCUAUGAGGGAGUUAAUGGUGAUCUUGUCAGCUGCCUGGGAGGAGAAGUUGCUCACAAAGGAGGAAUAUAUGCUAUAAGUUGGAGCCCAGACAGCUCCCAGUUAAUUUCUGCCUCAGGGGACAAGACCGUCAAGCUCUGGGAUGUUGGUGUCGGUACUGCAGUCACUACUUUCCCCAUGGGCACUGAAGUAGCGGAUCAGCAGCUGGGCUGUCUGUGGCAGAACAAUCACCUUCUCAGCAUCUCCCUGUCAGGCUACAUUAACUACUUGGACAAGAACAAUCCUGACCGGCCCAUACGCACCAUCAAGGGCCACAGCAAAUCCAUCCAGUGUGUGACAGUUCACAGAAGUGAUGGGCGACCAUACAUCUACACGGCAAGUCAUGAUGGACAUAUUAAUUACUGGGAUGCAGAAACUGGGGAGAAUGAUUGUUUCUCAGGUAAGGGCCACAGCAACCAGGUGAGCAAAAUGGUGGUCAACGACGCCAAUGAGGUGGUGACGUGCAGCAUGGAUGACACGGCGCGCUACACCAACAUCAAGAAGCAUGAAUACAGCGCCACUGAUGUGGUAAAAAUGGAUUUCCAGCCAAAAAGCAUCUCGACUGCAGAGGGACUGACACUGGUUAUUUGCAUUGGGCAGGUUGUGUUACUAAAGGACAAAAGAAAAGUAUUCGCACUGGAAAACCUUGGCUAUGAACCUGAAGUUGGAGUUCUCAACCCUACAGGGGACACUGCUGCCGUUGGGGGAACAGAUGGAACAAUUCGUCUGUAUUCGGUCCAAGGCAAUACUCUGAAAGAUGAGGGAAAAGCCAUACAGGUUAAAGGGGCGAUCACAGACAUGGCUUAUUCUAAUGAUGGCGCAUAUUUGGCUGUCAUAGAUGACAAGAAAGUGGCCACAGUCUUUAGUGUGGCAGAUGGCUACUCGCUCAAAAAUGAAUACUAUGGACACCAUGCAAAACCGGUUACCUUAGCCUGGUCACCUGAUAAUGAGCACUUUGCAACUGGUGGAAUGGAUAUGAUGGUUUAUAUCUGGACCGUUUGCGAUCCAGAUAAAAGGAUUAAGUUGCCAGAUUGCCACAAGUUGCACCAUGUUAGCGGCCUGUCCUGGAUUGAUGCAAAUAAUCUUGUCACCACUUCCCAUGAUGCUAGCAUCAAGCAGUGGACAAUUGCAUACUGA